AUUUCGCAUUCAUUAUUUAUUAAAAUGUAACAUGCAUGUAUGACACAAUUGACAGGACACAUUACCAGUGUUACAAAACGACAACGUGACGUAUUGAACUAAAUAUGUUCUCAUAUCUCGUAAAACGUUGUCCUCCAAAUUGUGAGCUGUCUAUAUUUAUAAAGCAACGGCGUGUGUGUAACGUCAAACUUGAAACGACCAUGUUCAGGCAUUUUUUGGUAUGAUGUGUUGCAUCCUCAACAGUGCAUACAAAUGUGUUGUUCGGUUUCAGGAAAAUCUCCAAAAGACGAACAUGAUAGCAAAAGACUAUUUCAGAAGAACUUGAGAUCAUCAGACAACAUCAAGCAAAGGAAUACACGAAAUCAUCUUCGAGAAAUAUGCCAAAGACACGGAAGAAAAUCGCAAGAACUUAUAACAGAAUGCGACUUUAUUUGCAAACAAAUUAGUUCAAUAGUUAACGUAGUAAACGUGUAUCCGGCUUGGAACGAGAAUGACACUACAAAAAUUGUUUUCGUCGUAACACACACCGGUACAAAUGUAGAGGAUGACAUUAAAUCCAAAUUCAAAGAUCACGAGGAAAUCGACGUAAUUACUAAAGCAAUAGAUUGUUUUGACAGCUAUUGUAAAGACUACCAGGGACAUUUGCGAGAAGACGACGUAAAAAGGUUGGAAGCAUGUAUUGAUAAAUAUGUCGAACGGUUGGCAAAAAAACAUAGAUUUCUGACAUUAAUUGAGGGAUGCGCAUCCAAAAUGAACGAUGACAACGAUAAUAAUGAGCCACGAUUGGGUCUAUAUGUUCCUGCUAAGGGUUAUAUACCCAUUGAUGAAGACCCGUUCGAUGAAUCAUAUGACGGUAUUCGUGUCGAUGUUCGAGAAGCAGUAUAUGAACGUUUCCGCAAAUAUGCAAAAGAUGUUCAUACACAUGUAAAAAUGGGAUGCCAAAUUGAACGCAAACGAAAAACUGGCACACUUGGGUUGUUUGUGCAACAUCCAUUUUACGGUCUAUGUGGCGUUACUUGUGCACAUGUUUUGCUUGACGAUGAAGAAAAGAAAGCAUAUAAUAACAAGAAAUUUCUUGAUCCAGAAGAUCCGGAAAACUUCGUUCACCAACCUUCACCGCCACAUGACAUUGGUGUAAUACGGAAGGUCAUUGUCAAAGAGGACGCUCGUUACCCGAUAGGUGUUGAAAUUGCAGUAAUACAAAUAAAAAAGAGAGGCCCCAAUAGUGGUCAGUUUCCAGCACCAAGACAACCACAGCCACACGGAAAUGGACUGGAAUUUAAUUCCGGAAAGAUAUGUGGCAAGCCAAAUGAAAAUGAUGAAUGUUUUAAAUUUGGCUGCAUAACAGAUUAUACAACAGGGAUAGUUAUAAAGAGCAUAGCAAAUGCACGAAUAGAACACGACGAACAUGGUACGAGCAUAAUGCGCGGACAAAUAAAAAUACAAUCAUCGUGCAGCAAACCGUUCGCUAAACAUGGUGAUUCUGGUGGGCCUGUUUUUGUACACGAUUCCAACGGGGAAGUUGCAUGCAUCGGACUCAUCAAUGCUGGUUGUACAAGACGUGGUGAGGCUUUUGUUACCCCAAUUAACAUCAUCCUGCAGGAAUUAGAAACACCUAACCUGAUACCUUUCCAUCCAAAGAAUGCUUCUUUACUGCGAGAACUAACUAUUCUCAAGCGUGAUCACUCCGUCAUGAAAGAAAAAAUAGAUCGACUUCUGUCCGCUGUCUGCUCUGGAAGGCAAGACUCUACGCUUAAAAGAAAGAAGAGAAAAAAGAUCGACUUCUGUCCGCUGUCUGCUCUAGAAGGCAAGACUCUACGCUAAAAAGAAAGAACAGAAAAUAAAUGU